AUGGAAACAUCGGGGCAUCUCCACGAUUCGGGCGUGGGGGACCUGGAGGAGGACGGUCGGUGUCCCUGCCCCUUACCGGGGGAUGAAAGGCCACCGGCACCGCCGCCUCCCGCCGCCUUGCCGCCGCUCCAGCACAGCCUGUUGCACUCCUCGCCCGGGUCGUUACGGGCCCCUCCUCCUCCUCCCGCCGCCCCCGCCGCCCUCCACCCUUCCUCCCGCCACGGCAGCCAGCUCAACCUCGGCGACCACCCGGCGGGCUCCGGGCUGGGGAGCGGCAAACACCGGCAGCCCAGCCCUUUGGUUCACCGACGGGACAGCAACCCCUUCACCGAGAUCGCCAUGAGCUCCUGCAAGUACAGCGGGGGGGUGAUGAAACCUCUCAGCCGCCUCAGCGCAUCCCGCAGGAACCUCAUCGAGGCCGAACCGGAGGCUCAACCUUUGCAGCUUUUCGGGGCCACCGGACCCCCGGAGAUCGUCGUUUCGCGGGAGGACAACCACGCGCCCGCCGCCCAUCGCCCCGACCGCCCUCCUGCCCGGCCGGCCCCGGCUGCUUUUGCCAAGGGGCCCAAACGCAAGGCACAGAACAUUGGGUACCGGCUGGGGCACCGCCGGGCACUCUUCGAGAAGAGGAAGAGGCUGAGCGACUACGCUCUCAUCUUUGGCAUGUUUGGCAUCGUCGUCAUGGUCAUCGAGACCGAGCUGUCCUGGGGGCUCUACUCCAAGGACUCCAUGUUCUCCUUGGCCCUGAAAUGCCUCAUCAGCCUCUCCACCGUCAUCCUGCUGGGCCUCAUCAUUGCCUACCACACGCGGGAGGUGCAGCUCUUUGUGAUCGACAACGGAGCCGACGACUGGCGGAUAGCUAUGACCUACGAACGCAUCCUCUACAUCAGCCUGGAGAUGCUGGUUUGUGCCAUCCACCCCAUCCCAGGGGAGUACAAAUUUUUCUGGACAGCUCGCCUGGCUUUUUCCUACACCCCUUCCCGGGCAGAGGCAGACGUGGACAUCAUCCUGUCCAUCCCCAUGUUCCUGAGGCUCUACCUGAUCGCCAGGGUGAUGCUGCUGCACAGCAAGCUCUUCACCGACGCUUCCUCGCGCAGCAUCGGGGCCCUCAACAAGAUCAACUUCAACACUCGCUUCGUGAUGAAGACUCUCAUGACCAUCUGCCCCGGGACGGUGCUGCUGGUCUUCAGCAUCUCCCUCUGGAUCAUCGCCGCCUGGACGGUGCGGGUGUGCGAGAGGUACCACGACCAGCAGGACGUCACCAGCAACUUCCUGGGCGCCAUGUGGCUCAUCUCCAUCACCUUCCUCUCCAUUGGCUACGGGGAUAUGGUGCCACACACCUACUGCGGGAAGGGCGUCUGUCUGCUCACUGGCAUCAUGGGUGCUGGCUGCACAGCACUGGUGGUGGCCGUGGUGGCCAGGAAGCUGGAGCUGACCAAAGCUGAGAAGCAUGUCCACAACUUCAUGAUGGACACGCAGCUGACCAAGCGGAUCAAGAACGCAGCAGCCAACGUCCUGAGGGAGACGUGGCUCAUCUACAAGCACACCAAGCUGCUGAAGAAGAUCGACCACGCCAAAGUCAGGAAGCAUCAGAGGAAGUUCCUACAAGCCAUUCACCAGUUGCGGAGCGUGAAAAUGGAGCAGAGGAAGCUGAGCGACCAAGCCAACACCCUGGUUGACCUCUCGAAGAUGCAGAACGUGAUGUACGACCUCAUCACCGAGCUCAACGACCGCAGCGAGGACUUGGAGAAGCAGAUUGGCAGCCUGGAGUCCAAGCUGGAGCAGCUGAGUGCCAGCUUCAACUCCCUGCCCCUGCUGAUGGCCGACAUGCUCCGGCAGCAGCAGCAGCGCCUGCUCGCCGCCGUCCUGGAGGCUCGGGGGGUCGGCGUGCCCGUGGCCACCCCCCAAACUCCUCUCUCCGAGAGCCCCAUCGGGGUCAGCUCCACCUCCUUCCCCACCCCUUACACAAGCUCAAGCAGCUGCUAA